CACAACUAUGAACUGGACCGAGGCCCGAAAGUGGUGCCAGAGAACUUACACAGACAUGGUGGUCAUCCAGAACCAGAGAGAGAACGACUAUCUGGUCUCCUUGCUGCCAAACAGAAACAUGAGUCCAUAUUUUUGGAUUGGAAUCACUAAAAACCAGAAGAAUGAGACUUGGACCUGGAUUGGUAAUAACAGCACGUGGAUUGGAGAACAGUCAUGGGCAGCGAACGAGCCCAACAACAACCACAUCAAAGACUUCUGCGUGGAGAUCUACGUGAAUACAGGAGUAAACAGAGGGAAGUGGAACGAUGAGAAGUGCACCAAUCUAAAAUCCCCUGUUUGUUAUGAAGCCCAAUGUACGGCAACAUCAUGUGACAGGGGAAGAUGCCAGGAGACCAUAGGUAACAUUACCUGCCUCUGUGAGCCCGGCUUCACGGGAAACAAGUGCCAGACAGCCCAAUGUACGGCAAUGUCAUGCAACAGGGGAAGAUGCCAGGAGACCAUAGAUAACAUUACCUGCCUCUGUGAGCCCGGCUUCACGGGAAACAAGUGCCAGACAGCUGUGGAGUGCCCCCCUCUGUCUCAGCCUGGUGAUGGAUACCUUAACUGCUCGGGGGAAAAGCUGACAUUCAACUCAACCUGUUGGUUUAAGUGCUACCCGGGCUUCCUGAUCACCGGCUCGCAGGACGUUACCUGCGGGGUCACCGGGGUCUGGAGCGGCCCGAGACCUUUUUGUGCAAGCUAUAAACAGGCUCUGUUGGCGGUGGUCGGCUGUGUAGCCGUCUCCGCUUUCUGCUGCGUCUGUUUUUGCUGGAUGAAGCGCAGAAAACGAAAGGAAGUUGCGCAAGUAAGGUCAGUGUUGAAAUGUACUUGUCCAGAGCCGCUCCACUCAUUUACACACAUUCCAUAUUUGGAAAGUUGAGACACAGGUCACUGCGUCUGUCACCAAAAAUGCUCAAAUGUGAUUUAUUUCAGUAAAUCUUUCAGAAAGUGUCCCCUUUAAUGUCGAUGUGCUCGUCUCUCACAGGCAGCCUGAAGAAACCACGAGUCCAUCCACUGAGGCUCUGGGUUGACGGACAACUGGGACCUCGCUUAUGUCUAAUCAAAAUAUAUCUAUAAUGACACAAAUGCAGUUACUCCUAUUCAUUUUAGUACAUGGUUGUAUAAAUAAAACCGUCUGCACAGGCUUUAUGCGAUAGAAUAUUCACUUAGCUAGGCAUUUUCUCUCAUAAACUGUAUGUUGGAGCUUUAUUUGGAUAUACUGCAUGGUUGUACCAAUGUGCAUGUUAUUCAUUAUCAGAUCAUGCAUUAUGUAAAUGUAUUUAUCAACAUUAGAGGUGAAUUCCUGUGGUAUCUUUGUUCCAAAUAAGUCUAAUUAAAUCAAAUGA